AUGUUUGCCAUCCAGCCAGGGGUAGCUGAAGGGGGGCAGUUCCCGGGGGACGCGCCUCCUGGAGUAUGUCAGCCCGAGCUUCAACCAGACAGCAACUCCAACUUCAUGGCAAGUGCCAAAGAUACCAAUGAGAACUGGCAUGGGAUGCCAGGCCAAGUGGAACCCAUACUGAUGAGGAGCUUCUCUGAGUUGCCCUCUGACAACCAGGCCUUCCAGGAUCCUGGACUCCCUGAGGGGGAGGUCCGCAGCCCACCAGAGGGGGCAGAGAUCCCUGGAGCUGGGCCUGAGAAGAUGGGUGGUGCCAGCACAGUCUGCUCCCCUCUGGAGGACAAUGGCUAUGCCAGCAGCUCCCUGAGCAUUGACAGCCCUAGCUGCAGCCCUGAGCCUGCCUGUGGGACCCCUCCUGGCCCUGACCCUCCAGCUCCCCUUCUGCCCUCGGUGGCCCAGGCCGUACAGCAGCUGCAGGCUCAAGAGCGCUAUAAAGAGCAGGAGAAGGAGAAGCACCAUGUGCACUUGGUGAUGUACCGUCGCCUGGCCCUGCUCCAGUGGAUCCGGGGCCUGCAGCACCAGUUGGUUGACCAGCAGGCCCGUCUGCAGGAGAGCUUUGACACCAUUCUAGACAACCGGAAGGAGCUUAUCCGCUGUUUCCAACAGAGGGCAGCACCAUCCACACCCCAGGACCAGGGCUAAGGGCGUCUCUGCACAGGUGUGCAAGGGUUUAUGUAUAUAUUUGCAGACAUGUGUGUUGUGCACAAGCAAGUACAGAUUCUUUGCUGGUGUGAGUGCAGGGAAGCAUAAGUGAGUAUGUCAGUGCUAGCAUGUAGGCAGAUGUGCACAGGCCACGUGAGAAGCAGCAGCCCUAUGUGUGAGUAUGUACAUAUGUGUAUGUAUAGUAUGUACGUAGGAGGAAGUAAGUUUGUAUAUGCAUGUGUGGAUGGGUACCCCACGGUGUGUGUAUGUGUGCAUGAGUGAAGAUAUAUAUGCAAAAGAUGUGUGUUUCUGUAUGAGUGAGUUUGAGCGUGCAGAUUUGUGGUGGGUGUUUGUGAGUGAGCCCUUGUGUGUGCAGGCCUAUUUGUAGGGGUGCAUGUGUGCAGGUGCGUGCAUGGGAUGUAUACAUUAGGAGCAUGUAUAUUUGCAGGCUGACUCUGGAGCAAGUGUGUGCAAAUAUAUGUUCAGUUGCACACGUGGGGCAUCCAUGCAUACCUUAUGUUACCCGUGGUCUCCACUAGCCUUUUUUCUCCACAGGGUCCCACUGCUCCCUGGAGAGAAGGCUAGCCUGCUCUCAGUAUCUGAAGACUGUGGCUGAGCCUUUCUCUUGGAUUUCUCGGCUACCUCUCCUUAUCCCUCCCCUUCACUCCUCCCAGAUCUUGCUCUGCUAAGGCUGUUGUCCCUGAUGGUGGAUUUGCUGUAGGAAGUUAGGUCGCUACUCUGGCCUAUUAUGGUUUUUUGGCUGCAAUCUUGCCAAGGCAAUUGGUAGAGAACUGGUAUCAGGGAAGGGAGCUAGAAUGGUGAUGGACACCAUGGCAGGCAUGGAGGCGGGAUCAGAGGAGAAGAUAGGGGACUGCCCCACUUGAACUCAGCCAUUGGGCACGUGGGAGAUGGGGAUGGGGGAGAUGAUGAUGGCAGAACCCUGAGAAGACUAGGAGAAUGGGAAUUCUACAAUACCAGUUCCAAACAAAUCACACCUCUCCACUGCAAGGGAGCUGUUGCAAACCAUAUUGACUUAAGCUUCUGAUGAAAAGGAAUCUGUGUUAAUAUAAUGUCAUAUGUCAACUACACCUCAA